ACAGUCUCGCAGUAACGAUCGUACGCUGAAAGCGCUUGCACGCGUGUGCAUCGGCGCCGACAAAUUGAACCCGAAUUGAACGCGCAUAGCCAGUACUGGGACCUUGCAAUUGUCGUGAAGCCGCCGGUCCAAUCUAGCCGCUCCGUUCGGUCUGUGCUCUGUGUUCGCUGUCUGUGGGCUGAGAUACCGCUGGAUUCACGGUUGAUAUCAAUUGAAGAAUAAAGUGGAUUAUUUUACAUCCGUUCGAUCGCCGCUCAACAGCUGUUUCGUGUGUGUUUGUUUAGUUGUUUUGGCUUUUUUUUUCGUUGUUGUUGUUGCCGGCCAAUGCUCUAUCGGUGAAAAACUGAAGGCAUCCGUUUACUAUCUGUGUUACACAAUCGUGAGGUUAAGAAUUCACAAUCAUGUACAUGUAUGAACCACCAAAGAAGAAUAGCUUCACUUCUGUCGAAGAAUUCCAGGAAGCCUUCAAUCUGUUCGACAACCGCGGCGAUGGAAAAAUCCAGCAGCAACAGAUCGGCGAAUGUCUGCGGGCUCUCGGCCAGAACCCGACCGAGACGGACGUGAAAAAAUUCACGAUGCAGCUGAAGCCGGACGAGCGCGUUUCGUUCGAGGUAUUUUUGCCGAUCUACCAGGCAAUUUCGAAGCAGCGCACCGCGGACACGGCGGAUGACUUUAUCGAGGGUUUGCGACACUUCGACAAAGAUGCCAGCGGGUUCAUCUCGUCGGCCGAGUUGAGACAUUUGUUGACGACGCUGGGUGAAAAGUUGGCCGACGAUGAGGUCGAACAACUUCUUCAGAACCAGGAGGACUCGCAGGGUAAUGUCAACUACGAAGAAUUUGUUCGUAUGGUUAUGAGUGGUUGAACACCAUUCGUUAAAACAAAAAUUACUGAGCAUCCACCAUAUUUUUCUAAUAUUCCAAUAAAAGCAUUAAAAUUGCAUAGAAAGAACAAACUAGUUACAAGUGGAUACAUCGAGUAAUCGUUAGCCUGUUUCUACCCUAUUUAGAGCAUAGUCGCCAUCAACAUGUUACUUAAAAGAAUUUACUUUAAUUACGCAGUUCCGUUCUUCAAUACCAAUCUCAAUAAUGCUUCAAAAUUCUUAGUAUUAUUAUUAUUCCUUACGAAGGGAAUUCAGUUCAAGGGUUCCACUUUUUGCACAUGUAAGAUUCCUGGGAACGUAAAAGUACAGUCAAAUGCAUUUCUUCAGCUGUUAUUUUUUUUAACUGAAACGAAAGUUACACCUUUUUGAAACUAUUUUAUUUUAAAUUGAGGAAUAAAAGCCUAAUUUAUACAUUUA